AUGAUUGAUUUAGAUUCAUACACUUAUGUCAGUCUCGGGUAUAGUUCAGUAACGACGCAUAUGCCAUUGGAAUUGCACAAGAGGAAAGUUGCAUCGAGUUCGACAUCGAGUGGUAAAUCAAGUAAAUGUACAGGGACCAAACAGGAAUGUGAGAAGCCUACUGAUAGCACAAUGGACGUUACGGUUGCAGUCGCAGUCGUAGUCCCUGUGGCUGUCAUCAUUAUCGUUCUGAGUGUCAUCUUAUUCAUGGUUUAUAGAAGAAGUAAAAAAGAAGCACAGGAAGAUAAUGAUCCCGAUUUUGACGGGGAUGCAGAGUUUAUCAGUAAUGGAUACGCCAUGAAGCAUAAUUUUGAGGGAUCUAAUGACUCACAACACGACAUGAAGGAAGAGUUCAAUCAAGCAUAUUAUCAGACAGGACGUCCGGAAGAAAACCCAUUCAAUGAAAAUUACAAUGACCAUACUUGGUCUGUAAAUCCUUUCAAAUUGCCAGAAACGGCUGAUGCUGGUUCAUUAAGGAACUUUGCCAGGGAAAUUGAAAAUGAUAAAGUUGGUGGUUACCAAUUGGCACAUAUCCAGUCGAGAGUUGCAAGUAGUUCUUCUUUAGCAUUGGAUCAAAUCGGUAGAGGCUCUUUUGCCGCAAGGAACGGGUCUGCCGUGGGUAUGUCCAUCCAUAAUCGUAGCGGCCUUGAUAUGGUCGGUAAUGUCACACCAAGUCGUCAAAGUGAGACAGACGUUGCUUCUACUUCAAGUCCUGGGGAGUAUAACAAUUACAAGGAAAGUCCCCUACAAAAUAAAGGAAAUAGAGAAAAUGUUCCUCUCAGUAUCGAAAGUAUAGGUAUAAAAAAUGACGAAAAUGUAGUGGAGUCCAAUUAUGAUGCUAGAACGAAGCAAAAAUCCCAGAAUGUUAUGAAUAAAUCUGUCAGAGUUCAAGAUGUAAAAUAUGAUGAUGGUAAUGAUGACUAUGCAGUUCAAUUAUCUGAAACAGAGGAAGAAAACAUUAAGCGUAUGAAGAGCAUUUAUCAGGUUUAUUUAGACAGAUCUGGCACAAUGAAACAAAAUGCACAAUUAGAAAAAGAUGCCGAUGAAAUAAACUUUGAAGUUGAAAAUCCAAGUACUUCGUUUUCUCCAACACCAUCAAAUGGCGUGAACGAUGAAAAUGCAGUUCUUGUUAACGAACCGUCACAAGAAGUUUUCCAAAGUUACUCUGAAGAUGUUACAGGCCAUACUGUAGAGCAGGUUGCAGAUACUUCAUAUCAGGAUGAGGGGAGUCAAAAUGAAAGCGUUGAGUCUACCAACCAUUUGGCUCCAGUUGACAAUACGGCAACACGAAAAUCACACAGAAUUGCAUCCUCAAUAUAUUCCGAAGCGCCAAACCUUGCCCUACAAGAACAAAGGCAACAGUACCAGAACAUACAACAGCAAUUAUCCCCGCAAGCAUAUAACAAUAUGCCUCAACAAUAUCCUUACCAGUUGCAGGGCCAAAUGCCACCUGUUCCUCAGAUACCACCGCAACAUAGUCAUCCCCAAACAUUGGAAAGCAUUAAUGAACUACCAGCCCCAGCUCACCUACUACAAUCAUCGUCUACACAUUCCUUGACUUCAUUUAAGCAACCAAGUAAGCAACAAAUGCAAAUUCAAACGGCUAGACUAAACGGCACAGCAUUAAAUCCUGUAGAUCAUCCAGAAAUGUUCUACACUCCAAAUAAUAAUUCCUAUGGACCUAUUCCUAACGACAAUAUGAGUUAUACAAGCAACAAUACGAUAGGCAAUGGCCAAGCGCCCUUACCUUACCAAAUGAGACAAAGUAUUGUGAUGACCAAUCCUGCAGAUAUCCAAAUGAACAACACGUAUAAACCGGCGGGCUCUCUAAGAAAUUAUAACCUACCCAACUCAAGAAAUAAUAGCUUAACUACUACUGGUAAUUCUUACUAUAAACAACUACAAAAACAAGCUGAUGCGCGUGUUAGUGGAAUUUUGGAACCAUCUGAUGUUGUUCAACCACCAAAUGCUGUCGGUAUCAUCCCUCACAGUGGAUCUAACGACGAUUUAAGAAGACAGUUAGGUUCUUCGCAUGACUAUAACAACGUAUGA